ACUGCCAUUCCGCCCUUCCCCUCUACCUUCGUUUUUUAAAUUCGCCCUAAAUUUCUCUGCAUUUCAAUUUCAAUUUCAGUUCUCACUCUCUCUCUCCCCCUCUAUGAAUAUUCUUCCCAUGUUUCCUCGGUUCUACAGAUGGAGAUGGAAACUCUGAGCCUCAUUUUUGCCUAAUAUCGCUUUCUUCUUGAGAUUCAGUGUUUGGAUUUUGUUGUUUUUCGUGUCGAUUGACCCGAAACAUCUCCUCCUUCCCGUUAUUUUUCAUCGGGUUUGGUAUUCGAUCUUCACUUCAUCAUCUCGCAAUCGCUAACCGAAGCAUGUGCCGUGGUCCAGAGAAAUCAAAAUCUCUAUCAACACCAUCUUCAUCUGCUGUAGAACGUUCAACUAGAGCCGAAGACAUGAAAGACCUAACUGUUUGUGCAGAAGAUUCUUUUUCCUGCCUACUCGAGCUUGCUUCUAACAAUGAUUUUGAAGAUUUCAAGUUAGCUUUAGAUAGCGAUAUUUCUCUAAUAAACAAAGUUGGGCUCUGGUAUGUCCGCCAGAUUGGAUCCAAACAAAUUGUUCAGGAGCACCGAACUCCUUUAAUGGUUGCUUCAAUGUAUGGGAGUGUGGAUGUUCUAAAACUUAUACUGUCGUGUCCCGAGGUUGAUGUCAAUUUCUCCUGCGGGACAGAUAGAAGCACUGCCCUUCAUUGUGCUGCAUCAAGUGGUUCUGUUAAUGCAGUUGAUGUUGUGAAAUUGCUCUUGUCAUCUGGUGCUGACAUCAGAUGCGUGGAUGCUAAUGGAAAUCGUCCUGUUGAUGUUAUUGUUGUUCCUCCUAAGCUCGAAGGUUUUAAAGCAACUCUUGAAGAUCUACUUUCAGAUAGUGGUUGUGAUGGGUCUGUUGGUGACUGUUUUAUUCCAGUAGCAGUUAAUUCAUCAUGUGCGGAUUCAGCGACUCAUUUUUUAUCACCUGAAAAUGGGUUGCCAUCCUCUCCUAUGGCGUCCAAGUUUACUGAUGCAACUGUUAAUUCUGCCUCCGAGAAGAAAGAAUAUCCAAUUGACCCAUCACUUCCUGAUAUAAAGAACAGCAUAUAUGCUACAGAUGAGUUUCGCAUGUUUUCAUUCAAGGUUCGACCUUGUUCCCGUGCAUACUCUCAUGAUUGGACUGAAUGUCCUUUUGUUCAUCCUGGUGAGAAUGCUCGUAGGAGAGACCCCAGAAAGUUCCAUUACAGUUGUGUGCCAUGCCCUGAAUUUAGAAAGGGGGCUUGUAGACGCGGGGAUAUGUGUGAAUAUGCUCAUGGAGUAUUUGAGUGUUGGCUACACCCUGCCCAAUAUCGAACAAGGCUGUGCAAAGACGGUGUUAGCUGUAAUAGAAGGGUUUGUUUUUUUGCCCACACCGCAGAAGAGCUGCGUCCAUUGUACGUGUCCACUGGAUCCGCGGUUCCUUCACCCCGUUCGUCUGCUUCUACUCCUAAUGUCAUGGACAUGGCUGCUGCAAUGAGCCUCUUUCCCGGUUCACCUUCGUCACUUUCUGCCAUGUCUCCAUCUCCCUUCGCUCAGCAAAUGUCUCCAUCUACAGGUGGCAUUUCUCACUCAUCUUCUGCUUGGCCGCAGCCGAAUGUUCCAGCUCUUCAUUUACCAGGAAGCAAUAUUCAAACUAGUCGACUAAGGUCUUCUCUUAAUGCUCGUGACAUGCCGCCUGAAGACUUGGAUGUGUUGCAAGAUUUUGAUGGUCAGCAACACCUUUUGAAUGACCUGAGCUGUUUCUCUCAGCCCCGUCCUGGUGCCAUUUCAGUUAGUCGAUCUGGUCGGUCUAAGACACUAACUCCAUCAAAUCUUGAUGAUCUAUUUUCUGCUGAAAUUUCUUCAUCUCCUAGGUAUUCUGACCCAGCAGCGGCUUGUGUAUUUUCCCCAACACACAAAUCAGCUGUUUUUAACCAGUUUCAACAACUUCAAAGUUCGUUAUCACCCAUAAAUACAAGUGUCUCAUCUCCUAGGAAUGUUGAGCAUACUCUUUUACAGGCUUCAUUUGGUGUCUCUUCCCCGGGAAGGAUGUCACCGAGAAGUUUGGAACCAAUCUCUCCAAUGAGCGCCCGAUUAUCUGCAUUUGCACAGCGUGACAAGCAGCAGCAGCAGCAGCAGCUGCGGAGUCUUAGUUCAAGGGAUCUUGGUGCCCACAAUCCUGUCUCAAUUGUUGGGUCCCCAGGUAACUCCUGGUCUAAUUGGGGUUCUCCUCAUGGGAAUGGAAAGGUAGAUUGGUCGGUGAAUGGAAAUGAGUUAGGUCGAUUGCAAAGGUCAUCCUCAUUUGAGCUUGGAAACAACGGGGAGGAGCCUGAUCUGUCCUGGGUUCAAUCCCUCGUGAAAGAAUCUCCAUCCGAGAUUAAAGAGAAGUUGGCAGGUUCUGGUGGCCCUGUUGUAUCUGCAGAUGGGCAGAAUUCCAAUCCUCAAGUUGAGUCUAUUGAUCACUCUGUUCUAGGAGCAUGGCUUGAGCAAAUGCAGCUGGAUCAGCUUGUAGUCUAAUCAAACAAAUUGACCGAUUCCAUCUUGUGAUAGGUAUUAAUUUCACAACGUACAUAUUCUUUUUGUCAAUUUUUUUUUCGGUGGAGCAAGGAGAGGGGAAUGUGAUGAUACUGAAGCAAGGAGAGGAUGGCUGCAAAGUUACCGAAUGAUAAUCUAUUUUUUCCAAUUAUUUUGUCAUUCAUUAUUUUACUAAAGGAGAGCUUUUGGGGGAGAGGGAGAAGAAAGCCUCUCUCUCUCUCUGGUGUCGAUGAUAUCCUAGUAAAAGAGAAAACAUUCUUCCAAAAAUAUCUAGUUUCGGGACUCUCUUUCCUUCAUUUUAUUCUGAGCCAAGCUUGAUGGUUUUUAUAGACAACCAGUAGCUUCAUUUGUAUUGAAGUUUAUUUCCUUGUUUAGGAAUAUGUUAGUAUAUUGCUAUUGCAUGUAUAGAGGGUCAGAUUGUGUUUCUCAAUAGAUCAUUGAAUGUUUAUUUCUGGCAGACCACUAUCUUUCCAUGGUUGUAUAAGCCAUGUAUGUUGUAUUGGUUAUUAUUCAAAUUCAAGUAAUGACAAUUUAAUUGUUAUUAUCUACUUUCAAUGGAAAUUAUAUAAGUUGAAAAAA